AUGUUUUCUUGCCUACAGAUAAUCAAUGCCGUUUUUCAGGACUUCCAAUCCGCACAUACUUUACUAUCAUACUUAGUCUCGGAAAUUAAACAACUAGCAAAAAUUGAAGCUAGAGCAGUACGCGCUGUUCGUAUCGCUUUCGUCAUCCUAGCUUGUUUAUUGUACUUGUUGAUAGAAUGCAAUAUUAGUAAUAGCUUAACGUUGACAGCAUUUACACAUUUGUUGAUAUUCGACUUAUUAUCGGUUAUUGUUGCACUAAUAAGCUUUUGGACUAACAGAAAAAAAGCCUCCAUUGAAUCCUAUAGCUUGGGGUAUGAAAGAUUUGAAGUAGUUGCUGUUUUUGCUUCCACUAUCUUGGCUAUCCUCUUAUCGUUUUUCGAAAUAAAAGAGGCUGUCGAACGGAUAUUUGAACCUGCAGAGAUCUCUUCUAAUCAUAUGCUCACGCCUUGUUUAAUAGCAUUUGGUGUUCAUCUUCUUUCCGUUUAUGGGAUUGAUAAUAUGGCUUUUGCACAUGUUAUCCAAGCUUGUGGAUCAAGUUGGCUACAAGAGCAUACGACUGAUAUAAGCCGGACAAUCUGUCGAAUUAUUCCCGGGUUAUCACGUGUUCUUUUGCCACGAGUUAACCCAAUCUCACUGAUUGGUGUAAGUACAACUACAACUGUUUGUAUUGUUUACCUCAUAUUAAUCAAUAUGUCAAAAAAGUCACAGCAUAUCAACUUUCCAGACCCUUUGCCUGAUACUUUGGGCGGAAUAAUAAUUUCCCUUAUGCUGUUUGGAACAAUGAUGCCUAUGAUGUUGUACAGUGGCCGGAUACUACUUCAAACAACACCCGCUCACUUGGUUAGCCCCUUAGAUAAAGCGCUUCGAGAAGCCUCUACAGUUGAUGGUGUUCUUGAGCUGCAAAAUGAGCAUAUAUGGUCGAUUGGAUACAAGGACCUUGCAGGAAGUUUGUAUGUUCGUGUUCGCCGGGAUGCUAAUGAGCAGUUGGUUCUAGCACACGUAACCAACCGUCUUUCCAGCUUGGUGAAAUAUUUAACAAUACAGGUUUAUAAAGAUGACUGGACGCGAGCAACAAACUCGUUUAUCAUGAAUUGGUCACCCGCGAACAACGCACUGUAUAAUCAGAACAUUCCUGGUACACAAGUUAGACCUGAUCUAAAGCAUAAUCUACCGUCAUCUUUACCUGCAUCAGCCUCACAUCACAAAACGCAGGAAGACAGUUAUCAAGAACCUCAAGUUAAUCCUAAUCAUUAUAUCUAUGCGUAA